AUGGACGUCUUUGUCCGCUGGCGCCCCCUUGUCGGCGCCGAGACUGUCUCUGGCAGCGUCACCCACACCUCCCGCGCCGACCCGUCCUCGGCUCGUCUCGCCAUCACCAUCGACCGCGGCCUCGCACCCUCCGACAAGCCGUGGACCAGCGCCUCUGCCUUUACUCGGGUCCUGUCCGGUGACACCUCCAACGCGGCCGCCUACACCGCCGUCGCGCAGCCCGCCGUGCCUCGGGUGCUCGCCGGCGGCUGCCACAGCGUCUUUGCCUACGGCCAUUCCGGCAGCGGCAAGACGCACACCGUCGUCGGCUACCAGGACGAAUCCGGACCAGGUCUGUGCCUGGCGGCCGCGGAGGAGCUCUUUGCGCACAUUGCGACGCUCAACGCCCGCGGAGACGAGGGCCACCCCGAGCUGGCGAUUGGCCUCGCCGUGUUUGAGCUCCGGCAAAAGGCCGCGUUUGACCUGCUAAAUGACGGCACCAAGUGCCAUAUCCGCGAGGGCCCCGACGGCAAGGUGCAUAUCCGCGGGGAGACGGAGACGCUCGCAGACGGCAAGGUGCGGGUGCGGCCCAUUGUCAAGCGGCCGUGCUGGAGCUUGGCCGAGCUGCGCGACACGCUGCGCGACGCGCUCGCGCGCCGCGCCGUCGGCGCCUCGUCCGUCCACGACCAGAGCUCGCGCACGCACGCGGUGCUGGAGCUGGAAAUCGUCAACGCGCCGCUCAUCGCGGCGCGCGCCGCCGUCGUCGACCGCCAGUCGGAGCUGGUGCCCGUCGGGAAGCGCGCGACCGACGUCGCCGUGGCCGAGCAGACCAAGGGCGUGCUGCGAGACGCCGACGGCACGUACCGGCCGAACCCGGGGUACGUGGUCAACCAGGCCCUGAUUGAUGCGGUGGAUGCUGAAAAGGCUGCCUGUGAAGCGCGCGUGGCCGAAGCGGAAGCCCACGUCGACGCCAUCCGCAACGGCACGGACAAGGCCGCAUGCUUGGGAGGCAGAAUGGUCUUUGUCGACCUCGCUGGCGCCGAGUACCAGCAGGACGGCAACAACAACAUGGCCGGCACGGCGCAGACGCCUGCGGAGAGGCAGGAAGCAAGGCAGAUCAACGCGGAUUUACUGGCGCUCAAGGAAGUGAUGCGGGCGUGGGCCGCGAACAAGCCGCGCGUGCCGUACCGCGCGUCGCCGCUGACCAUGGUCUUGCGCGAGACUCUGGGCGACGCUGCUCGCCACGGGGGCGGUGGUGCGGGCAUGGUGGUGACGGUGUCGCCGGCGACGGUGCAUCGUACCGCGACGCUCAACUCGCUCAAGUAUGCGAGUCUGAUGGGCACGGUGCGAGGGGCAUGA